AUCAAUAUAAAUCCCUAAUUCAAUUCAAGCAAAAUUCACAUCUCAUCGUUGAUUAAUCUACAAAUCUGAAGGCGAGAGACAUAAAUUAACCCUAGCAAGUAGCAGCAAUCUCUUUCCAGAUUUCUCGAUAGCGUAUUUGAAUUUAUUUACUUUUUCUAGAAGAAAUGGAUGCAUCGAAUCCCGCGGCUUUUGUCAACGCCGAGAUGCUGCGGAUGCAUCUAGGCCAGAGAGUUCGCGCGGUGAUUCAAGUUCUCAGAAACGACGCCGGUUCAGUAACCGGAAAAUCCACCGACGAGCAGGAACUCGUCAAGGGGCAUCCUUCUAUCCCUCCCACCGCUUUUGUCGAGGUUAUCGGCUUCGCUGACAGUAACCGCACUAUUCAGGCCGAGAUCUGGACCAAUUUCGGCGAUAAUUUUGAUGUAUCAGGCUACAAUACUAUUUGUCAAUUUGCAAAUGGAGAUUAUUAGAAUUGGAAAAUCAAAAUGUAUUGUUUAGGAUUAAUUAGUUUGUUUAGCAUUUAAUUGUAUUUUGUAGUCACCAAUUAAUAAAAAUGUAGUCAUUAAAGAUA